UCUCUUCUUUUCCCCUUUUUAUUUUUCUUCAAUAUCAUGUCCAAAACCCAAAACCAAACGCUCUCAGAUUCUCUUUCCUCGUUCAUUAGGUAUAUAUAUUUAUAUAUUAUCCAACAACCCUCUGGAAUUCUAACUCAUGUUAUCGUAUUGGGAAGAUCGUAUAAGCAGUAGCGGAGAAUAAUUUUUUGGUUUUGGAAUUUUGAUGCAAUUCUCGCUGCUUCAGUUUCCGUUGUUGCGGUUUUUUUUAUUCCCAUUCCUGUUAAAGCAGACGCUUCCUCCUCUCCUUGAAGUUCUCGGCUCACUGUCCUUCUCCUCCCCUUGAUUUCACAAGACACUGCAAUAGGCAGCUGUGGAAAGUUUUUCUGCAAGCUUGUGGAGGAGAAUCUCGAUAGCAUCAAAAGAUCAAGGCUGCUUUCUUACUGAAUGGGGAAUGAUGUUGCUGAAGUUGAGCAAGUAUUGCCAUAUUCUGCUCAGGUAAAGGUACAUAGUUUAAUGUACAGGGAGCUCACAAAGUUUCUUGAUAGGAUCAUACAUAUAUUUCCAGACAUAGAAUCAGCUCGACCGGGAUGCAUGUCUGGAAUACAGGCAUUGUGUGCUUUAAACCUUGCGAUUGAGAAAGCCAAGUUACUUCUUCAGCAUUGUGCUGAAUCAAGCAAGCUUUACCUGUUUUCUCAGGCAAUCACAGGGGAGGCUAUUCAGUUAAGAUUUGACAGAGCAAGAAAGGCACUAGUACAAAGUUUAACAAAAGUUCAGAAUAUGGUUCCACAACCAUUAGCUAUGAAGAUUUCUGCCAUUGUCAAUGAUCUUCAAGAUGCAAAGUUUGUAAUAGAUUCUUCUGAAGAGGAGGCAGGCGGAGUGGUGCUAGCAUUGCUCAGGCAUGAUAGAUCUGCUACAGAUUCAAUGCAAAUGCCAGAAUUUGAAGCAUUCCAAAUAGCAGCUAUUCGGUUGCAUAUUACAUCUCCCAAGGCUCUUGUGAUAGAGAAAAGAUCUAUUAAAAAACUACUUGAUAAGGUCCGUGAUACUGACCAGAGAAAGGAGAAUAUCCUCAAGUACCUCCUAUACCUUCUAAGUAAGUAUGGAAAUUUAGUGGGAUGUGAACAAGCAGAAAGUGCUGAUGCUCAGUGGAAAGAUCCACUUUCAAUCAUGAAUUCUGCAUGCAAUAGUGGUCAGUGUGAAAAAACAGAUGAGUCUGUGGAGCUGAGACAGCAUAGGGAUUUUGAUUUCUGCGAAGCUCAAAGCGACGUAUCUAGACCAGACAUGCCCCCUGAGGAAUUCAAGUGCCCCAUUUCAUCAAAACUGAUGUUUGACCCUGUGGUCAUAGCUUCUGGGCAAACUUUUGAAAGGAUAUGGAUAGAGAAGUGGUUCAGUGAGGGUCACGAUACAUGUCCAAAGACACAGAAAAAGUUAUCACAUUUUUCUCUGACUCCAAACUCUUGCCUGAAGGAUCUUAUUUCAAAAUGGUGCAGAGAGCACAAUGUCACCAUUCAGAAUCCAUGCUUACAGUCUAUUCCUGAAGCACUUUCAUCUUGGAACACUUCAUACUCCAGUUCCUUCUCUAGUUUUGGAAGUUCAUUUAACGUCAAGCCCACCUUGUUAGACAACCGAACUUCAGAUUACAUAAAUCAAAGUGACACCAGCAAUAUAUCAAUCAGCUCCUUUGAUACGAGUAACUGUUUGGAUUCAUCCCACACUAACAGCAUAGAAAGCUUGAAGGAUAACCACACUCAAAUCUCCUCUUGGAAUGAUGGCUCUGACAGAAGUCAAUCCUUUGCUGAUUUUAGCCAGGAAAUGUAUUCGGAUUUCCUUUCGAAACUUGGUGCGCUUCCAUUGGAAUUUCAAUUGAAAGCAGUGGAUGAUGUCAAGAUCUUUUUGAAACGCAAUGAUGAAGCCUGCCAUUCAAUGCACUCUAAUGGUUUCGUGGAAGCACUGAUGAGAUUUUUGAUGGAUGCAAGAGACCUAUCCAAUGUAGAAGCACAGAGAACAGGAGCUCAGGUCCUUCUGGCUUUUGUAAGCAACAUCAGAAAUGGCACACCACCCUUACAUGAAGAUGCAUUUCAGCUUUUAGCAUCUUUUCUUGAUUCAGAGAUAUCUAAAGAAGCUUUGGCAAUCAUGCAAGUGUUAACCAACCACCAGAGUUUUAAAUCCAAAAUCAUGGCAUCUGGUGCUCUUCCUUCGCUCAUAAAGAUUCUCGGCUCACAAGUCAAUGAAUUGCAGGUGCAAGCUGUUAAAGUCCUCUGUGAUUUGUCAUCUCACAGUGACUUCAGAUCGCACAUUCUGUCCUCAGGAUGCAUUGCAAAGCUGGUUCAGCUUUUGGGUGAUGGAGUAGUCACUGGAAACUGCAUAAAGAUUCUGCAAAAUGUAUGCGACACUGAAGAAGCUAGAGUUGCGAUCUUUGAAACCAAUGGAUGCAUCGAGUCUAUUUCAGAACUGCUUGACACGGGCACUCGUGAUGAACAAGAACAUGCAGUUGCUGUUCUCCUUUCCAUAUGUUCUCAUAGUUCAGACUGUUGCCAUUCGGUCAUGAAUGAGGGUGUUAUCCCGGCUCUUGUCAAUAUAUCUAUCAAUGGGAAUAUGAGGGGGAAAGAGAGCGCCAUGAAGUUACUCCAGCUAUUGAGAGAUCUCAGACAUAAUGAUCCUCUUGACAGUUCCCUCCAGGUUGGAUCUGAUGCCGAAUUAUCAAGGGAUUCUGGCAGCAGCUGCAAAGAAAAGCAACCAGCAUUAAAAUCUUCCAAUUUUUUCAAAAGAAAAAUGAGCAUCUUCACUAGACGUAAAUCUUUGGCCCUCUUUUAAGCAGGUGGUGAAUUAGAUAAAUGACCUGAGCAUGUAGAAAAGUGUGUAGAAAGCUCAAGGUGAAGUUCCCUGUACAAAUCCUUCUUUCCCUUUCCAGCUUAUAUUCUUAUAGCAGAGAAAAUGCUGGUGUACUGUUAAGAUGUAGUUUGGGUGAAUGACUGCUUUCUGUUGUCGUGCUAACUCUCACAUGCAUUUGCAGUUAGUUUGGUUCCUUGCAUAUGUUGGUCAGCUGUUUUUGCUGGCUCUGUACCUAAUAAGAAUGUCAUCUCAUGCUGCUUGUUUUCA